ACCAUGGAAUUUGUAUAAUCAGCCCCCAUUGUAUAAAUAUAACAGAGAAAAAACAAUGCAGCAACGCGCAAACGCCUCUUAUCGCUCGUAUUUAUACAAGUCUAGGUGAAAUUGUAUGUGUUGGCGCUCUCGUGGCAAACACAGCGGUUGGGGCUAUUAUACAGUAUAUUAGAAUUGGAGCUUCUGACUCCAGUUCUCAUUUUGCUUUCGUCUACUGACAACGUCGCGUAAAUCGUGUUCCUAUUGCGUCGUUAUUUGUCGGUAACGUCGGUGCAGUUGAUUUUCUUUUGUCCAGUCGGUUGUCAGACGCACAUCACAUUCACUUUGCAUCUUAAUUUAAAUAUGUUUUUAUGUAAAAUUUAUAUGUAUAUUGCUUGAAUAUACAUUUGUAUACACAGUUGCUUAAUCAAAAAUUCCGCUACGUAAAUGCAAGUAAAUACAUAACAUCCGCUAAGCAGUGAUAUUAAGUUAAUAUGUGCUAUGGGAAGUCACCGCCCACACAAAUUAUUUUCAAUAGUACACCCACCACGCAAAGGCUAAUCAAUUUUAUUGUGCAGUUUUAAAAUCUAUUUUUCAUUGUGUGAUGUUACGAAUUUUCCCGUGAUUUAAUUUGAAACGUGACAUUUGUAUAGAAUUUGUAUCUGAAGCGUGAUUUCAAAUAAUAUUGAAUAAUUUAGAUGUAAAUUUACUUGUAAAUUAACACUAAAAAAUCGGUUGUGUCAACAUUGCCUUCACAUUGAAACGGAUUUGCUGUUUGCGAGCGUGCCGAGGACGUAUGAGCGACAGCGGAAGUGCAGGCUCUUUCAAGUGGGCAUACGUGUGUCCGUGCGUCUAAGCGUCUCGAGUGUUUGCUCCACACACAUUUUGUUUGGUGAACACACACUUGCAAUCGACCCACCACCAUAACCACCAAUAUUAAACAAACAACUUACUAUACUGGCGUGGGAGUGCAAUAUCCCCCUAAUAAAUAUUUGCAUUUAAAUCAAACUGAAUUUUACUGCACGCACUGGAAAAAAAGCUAAAACAUGGAUUUGAAGUUCGUCAAUGUCAUUAUAUUGGGCUUCGGCUUUAUGUUCGUAUUCACGGCCUUCCAAACUAUGGGUAACAUUGAGAAAACUAUUCUGGACAGUAUUGCGAAGGAGGACACCAAUUUUACCGGCGAUGGUUACACCAGUUUGGCGAUAAUUUAUACGACAUUUUCGCUAUGCAAUUGGCUAGCGCCGUCCUUCAUCUCAUUCACAGGGCCACGAGUGGCCAUGUUGGUGGGCUCACUCACCUAUACGCUUUUCAUGCUCGUCUUUCUGUUUCCCUCCAAUUGGCUGCUCUACCUGUCGAGUGGCAUUUUAGGCGCUGGUGCCGCCAUCACUUGGACCGGUCAGGGUAACUUCUUGGCACGUUGCAGCGAUCUUUCCACAAUAUCACGCAAUUCGGGCGUCUUCUGGGCGCUACUACAGUGCAGCAUGUUUUUCGGCAACAUCUUCGUCUACUUCCAAUUCCAAGAUAAGGAACAUAUUGAUGCGGCCACACGCAGCAUGGUGAUUGGUGUGCUGACGGCUUUAGCUGUACUAGGUAUAGUAUUCCUGGCGGCAUUGCGUCCCAUGGAAGACAAUUCGGUGGGCACAUCGGAAAUUCAGCGCCAGCAACAACAACAUCGUACUGGCUGGGGGAGCGCAGUGUAUGCGCUUAAGUCGGCUGGACAACUCUUCAUCACCCGAGAUAUGCUGUUACUUAGCGUGGCUUUUCUCUACACCGGCAUGGAAUUGUCUUUCUUUAGUGGCGUUUAUGGUCCCUCCAUUGGUUUUACGAAGAAGAUACACAAUACACCAAAGGAAAUAGUUGGCUUGGCUGGCAUUUGUAUAGGCGCUGGUGAGGUGUUCGGUGGUGGUCUCUUCGGCAUUCUCGGCAAGAAGACAACACGCUUUGGACGCGAUCCCAUCGUUAUUGCUGGCUAUGUCAUACAUAUGAUUGCAUUCUUUCUGAUAUUCCUCAAUUUGCCCGACAAUGCGCCAUUCAAAGAUACCGAAGACAUCUCGUAUAUGGAUCCGCCACGUGCAUGGAUUGCUCUGUUAUGCGCUUUUAUGUUGGGCCUGGGCGAUGCCUGCAUGAAUACACAGAUCUACUCGAUGUUGGGUGGUGUGUAUGUGAAAAAUUCCGUGGGCGCCUUCGCGCUCUUCAAAUUUACACAGUCUAUUGCUGCCGCCAUUAGCUUCUACUACUCUUCACAUCUCGGCUUGCGCGCUCAAUUGGGUAUUUUGGUUGUUUUCGGCACAAUAGGCACAGCCUGCUUCUGCAUCGUGGAAUGGGCGGUGAAGCGACGACAACGAGAAUCUCCGGAAGACUCCAGAACUGUCUCGCAAGACUCGCGUUCUGUUUCAUAUGAUCAAUAAAAUAAGUUCUUCUUCUCCUAUAGCGCUCCGUAAAGCUCAACUGUAUGUGGCAUAUGCGACCUGAUCCGACAACAACAACAAUUAUGAAGCUUAUGAACAGAAGCAGAAAAGUUAAAUAUAUUCAUAUACAUAUACACAUAUAUAUUUAUAAGUAAGUUGAAAUCGAUAUUUGGUUUUAUGUAAUUAAGAACUUCGAAAGUAAGACAUUGUUGCGAUAUCGUAAUGUGUACAGUGGGUGCGCAAAGUAUUGUAUUUAUAUAUACAUUUGUAGAUAUAUGCAAAUGUGCGUUGGCUUAUGUAAGUAGUGUUUGGUCUUCCGGGACAAUAAUUAAUGUCAAGCUAAAAUACAAAAGUAAAGAUAUUGUUAUAUAUUGUAAUUCACUAGUGUAAAUUUUCGGCGCAUUUUUUAUGCGUUUAAUAAUGAUAUUGCAAUAUUUUCCAUUUGUUAUAACGCCAAACUGCAUAUUGUUUGUUUUAGAUAUGAGUUUUUU